GUCUCAGAAAUAGCCACAAAUGUAAAAGAAAACAUAUGCAAUUAAAACUUCAAAGUCGUCAAUAAUGGCUGAAAUAUAUUCUUCGGAAAUAUUACGCGUUGUUAUAGCUCAAAUAGCUCAAACUAUUGGAUAUAGCAAUACUCAAAGUGCGCCUUUGGAAUUGCUAGAAGACAUUUUGCUGAGGUUUAUACAGGAAUUGGCUCGCGAUCUUCACAGUCAAGCCGAACACGCAAAUCGCGUUGAGCCCAAUCUAAAGGAUGUUCAGCUGAGCCUGAAGAAUCUAAGCACGGAUGUCCACGAAUUACUCAACUAUAUUGGAAAUGUUGAGCCAGUUCCCUUCGUCAGAGAAGUUCCCGAAUAUCCAGUGAAGAGAAACUCGAAUUUGAAUUUCCUUAAACCCGGCAGUGCCGAAACUCUAACGCGACCAGUUCACAUCUUCGAAUACCUGCCACCAAUUCUACCCACAGACACGGAUGCGGCCAACUCGACUGCCAGAGGCGCUAACCAAUCGGAUCUGAGCAACGAUCAGGUUCCAUCUGGCUUGAGGCUGCUCAUAAUACUUAUGGUCAUAAGAGAAGAUGUAAUGACCGAUUACGGCGACAGCAUAAAACCCUUGUCAUUGAGCACAACGUCCAGAGAUCACGUCGCCGAUCCCGAUGGACAUGCGGUACGGGAAAUCAGUAGCGUUGUCAUGACAACUGGAGGAUUCAUCUCGCCGGCUAUAGAGGGAAAACUGCCUGAAGCUUUCGUACCAGAUAUUAUUGAAAAAUGGAAAGGACUCGAUGCACCGCCUGCAUCACCGCCACCUGCAAUACCGGAACCCGAGAUCCCAUUGCCCACUGAAGCGUUCUUAGUGGACUCACCAAAUGCAGCAACAAGAGUAUCUUUGUCUUUGGAGACCAAGACACGGACAAGCGAGCAACGUUCAUUUAAUGAAAUAUCCACCUCAAGUUUUAAGAAUGAGAUGAAUAAUGUUUUGGAAGCAAGUAGUCCAGUUGGGAGUAAAAGAAGCAUAAUUGGUGGAUUUCAAAGUGAACAUAGCACGGAUCUGAAUGCUAGUAAAGCUCAAGAGAAAGCACACCGCAAAGCACUGAGAAUGUUCCAAAAAAUGUCAAAAAAUCAGGCAGAUAGCGACGGCAGCAGUAAGGGAAGCAACAACAUGUUGAAUCUUAAGAAAUCCAUGAAGAAUCUAAAUCGCGGAAUGUUGUCGUCAUUGCCGGACAAGUCAACGGAGCGGGCGCAACUCGAGAAACUGAUUAAAAAGCAAACAAAGCAGCGACAAAAGCAACUAAAGAGUCAACAACAGCAGCAACAGCAGAGUCAGUUGCAAACGAUGACCAAGUCCACUGGUGCUGAAGGAUUUGCUGCAUUUGGUCUCACUCAAACCAUUCCAUUGGCUCCCAUUGGUUCAAUGACAAAUGUCCUUCAACCAGUUGCAGUUCCCGUUGCGACUCCAUUAGUUGGAGUAGCUAAUAAUUAUACAUUUGGCAGUCCGUCUCUUGUUCCAUCAACGAUUAUCGAAAAGAAAGAGAAAUUCUCGCCAGAUGUAAAGGCAACGCCAAAUGAGUCCUUCUUGGACGAGAUCAAACUAGCCAGCGAACCGGACCGCAAUAAAUUGAAUAUUUUCAAAAAACUGUCAAAGCCAAAGGCAACAACGACGACAACGCCGACGUCGACGUCUAAGGUCCCAUCACCAAUGGGACAACUGAAUAUUGCGACAAAUUUGUUUGGAAAUGCUUCGCCAUUGAUAAGCCUACCAUCUGGGACAACAAUAACGCCAGCUCCAGCCUUGAAUGCCGUCGAUAAUGUAUCAGUAUCUGUACACAAAAUGAAUCAAAUGCCAUCAAGUAUAUCGAUGACACCAGCAUUUGAAGAUAAUGAUCAAACAAUCAAUCAAUCGUCAGCUAACCAAAUGUUAACUGAUCUUCAAAGGCCGAAGAAACGUGGUCGUAAACCAGGCGGCAAGAAUUCUGUCCGAUCGACUGAGAUGACACCAAAGAAGGUCAAACCUAAUAAAAUAAAUCCAGGUCUCGUCUCGUCAUAUCCACCGAAUUUAACACUUGUUCAUCCAUUUCCCGUCUUACCAUCAGUGCCUACAGAACCGUUAAACUUGAGUCACGUCGAUCAACUCAAAGGCGAGCCAUUUAAUCCCUUGUCAAGCUCUAUGAACUUUGGUGCGGCUAUCUGUGGUGGUGAUGUUGGAUCCCACAAUGAGAUAAUUUCUGGUGGUGUUGCCCCACAGCAACAACAAUUGAAAUAUAAUGCACUAGAUCUGAACAUUAGUAAAAAGUUUCCUUUUAUGGAUUCAGAUAAGACUCAGAUCUCACAGACAAAGCUAUCACUCAUUAAUGAAUCUACUGGACCUUCUGAUCGAAAUUUCAAUCAAAUCUCACCAUCAUCAAAAUCGCCUGGUAUCGGUAUGAAACGAAUGCCAGAUUCAUCACCGCCCAUAAUUGGUGUUGGUGUUCAUGGUUAUAUGGGUGGCUUGGGAGGACUUCCUCUAUUGCCUUUUCCCCCACGGCCGGGCCUUAUACCAUCGGCACUCUUCUCGCCAACAAGCCUUGCCAACUUUGGCAAAAAACAUAUAAGUCCAAACAAGAUGAUGCCUCAUCCAUUCAUAUCCUUACCGAACCCAGGACAAUCUUCAACCAUUGGAUAUAGACCAACAUUUGAAUCGUCAGGGAAAACAGCAGGAUCUGGUGAAAGUGGUGAACUCAAGGGAAAGGACAACAGUUACUCUUCGGUCUUAUCGAAAUAUUUGCCCAACAUUCAGGGAGCUGGCGUUGGAUUAUUGGGGUUAUCAUCGGUUGAUGCAUCGGUUGUGCAAAGUCAGGAAUCAACCAGCAGCAAAACAACAGUAAAACAGACGAAGACCACAGCUGGUACUGGAAAUCUUGGUGAUCCAAUUGAAGUCUCAGAUGAUUCAAACGAAGAUGAAUCCAAUACAGUAGGAAUAAUUAAAAAGGAGCACAACCAAUUGGUGGACGGAAUCUUGCAACACCAGAAAUCAAGCAUAAUUCAACCAAUGAACCUGCAGCAACAAUUCGAAAGCUUACAUCCCUAUUCGAUGAUCACUAACAACUCUUCACCAUCGCCGAAAAAGAUAACAAAGGGUGUGCAACCGAUUAAAAUUAACCAACUUGAAAGCAAUACAUCGUCAUCAGCAUCUCACCCAGCAACAUCGUCAUCAUUUAAUAUAAAUUUCAUGGGAAAUGAUAAAUUUAGCUUGGCCGGUGGCGCUGAUCUAAUACCCUUAUCAUGUGUCGACAGUGGCUUGGCAUACUCCUCAAAAACAGUGCCUGUCACAAGUUUGGCGGCAGGUGCAACAUCGGAAUCCUCGGCUCCGGCUGCCAAGACAGAUGCUGAACACAAUUUUCUAUCGAAUUUCGUUGGGUCAGCUAAUUAUGAUGAUAUUACGAUAACACCAACGAAAACUUUAAAUGACCUUAAACUCCACAAACUGCACAAAAAAUCGAAGAAACUAAAGGAGGGAAAAAUCAAAAAGAAAAAAGACAAAAAGGACAAAACAAAGAGUAAAGAAAAGCAUGAUGAAAAGAAUUGGCUCAAAAUAGAUAAACCCAAAGGUCUGGAUAAAAAGCAGAAAAAGGAAAAGAAAAAGGAUAAACUGGUACCGCCAGAUGUGUCACAACUGUCGAAAGAUAAUAUCGAGAGCAGUGUGCAACAUACUAAAGAUAUCGCUCCAAGCUCAGGACUCGGUCCCGUUGCAGUAACAGUUACAGAUACGUUUCAGACAUCAGCAAUGCCAAAUUUGCUAUCGAAUGCCCAUGCCACAGGAGGAUCAGGAUCAGGAUCAGGUGCAGCUUCAAACAGCUGGAUGACAGCAGCUGGAGCUGGAGCUGGAGCUACAGGUGCUUCUUCAUCUUCGUCUGCUUCCGCAACACUGUCAGCGAGUUCAGUUUUAUUGCCCCAACAAUUGCUGCAGGCAUCACAGCCUAUUCCCAAAAUGCCACUGACGUCCUUGUCUACAUCAACCAAUCCGAGUCAGCAAUCAGUAUCACCCAUGAAAACAGAAGGAUCUUCAGUAUUGCCCCAAAGUGCGGAAUCAAAUCGACCAUCAUCAUAUGUUGAUGCCGAGGGCUAUCGAAUUUGGAUUUGCCCAGCAUGUGGUAAAGUUGACGACGGUUCCCCAAUGAUUGGAUGCGAUGGCUGUGAUGCUUGGUACCAUUGGUAA